GAGGGAGCGAGAUCGACGCCCGGGACGAGGACGCCGCCGCCGAGGAGGAGGAGGAGCGGCCGCCGCUGGCACCAUGGCGGAGCAGACCUACUCCUGGGCUUAUUCCCUUGUGGAUUCCAGUCAAGUGUCUACGUUCCUAAUUUCCAUUCUCCUCAUAGUUUAUGGCAGCUUCAGGUCCCUUAAUAUGGACUUUGAGAAUCAAGACAAGGAAAAGGACAGCAGCGGCUCAGCUGGGCCUUUCAAUGGCAACAGCACAAAUAACAGUAUCCAGACUAUUGAUUCAACACAGGCGCUGUUCCUUCCAAUUGGUGCAUCUGUGUCUCUCCUAGUAAUGUUCUUCUUUUUUGAUUCAGUUCAAGUUGUCUUUACCAUAUGCACAGCAGUCCUUGCAACAAUAGCCUUUGCUUUCCUUCUGCUCCCAAUGUGCCAGUAUUUAACACGACCCUGUUCACCUCAAAACAAGAUUUCCUUUGGCUGCUGUGGACGUUUCACUGCUGCUGAGCUGCUCUCCUUCUCUCUCUCUGUUAUGCUUGUCCUUAUCUGGGUCUUAACUGGGCAUUGGCUUCUCAUGGAUGCUCUGGCUAUGGGCCUCUGUGUCGCCAUGAUUGCCUUUGUCCGGUUGCCGAGCCUCAAGGUUUCCUGUCUGCUGCUCUCAGGACUAUUAAUUUAUGAUGUCUUUUGGGUCUUCUUCUCUGCCUAUAUCUUCAACAGCAACGUUAUGGUGAAAGUGGCCACACAACCUGCUGAUAACCCCCUAGAUGUUUUAUCCCGGAAACUGCACCUUGGACCAAAUGUAGGUCGAGAUGUCCCUCGCUUGUCACUGCCUGGCAAACUUGUCUUUCCAAGUUCCACAGGCAGCCACUUCUCCAUGCUGGGAAUCGGUGAUAUUGUGAUGCCGGGCCUCCUGCUGUGCUUUGUGCUGCGCUAUGACAACUACAAGAAACAAGCCAACAGUGACUCCUGUGGUGCACCAGGACCAGGCAACAUCUCUGGUCGCAUGCAAAAAGUCUCCUAUUUUCACUGCACACUCAUUGGAUACUUUGUAGGUCUUUUAACGGCAACAGUCGCUUCUCGCAUUCACCGGGCAGCCCAGCCUGCACUGCUCUACUUGGUACCCUUCACCUUAUUGCCACUCCUCACCAUGGCCUACUUAAAGGGUGAUCUGCGCCGCAUGUGGUCUGAACCAUUCCACUCCAAGUCUAGCAGCUCACGUUUCUUGGAGGUAUGAUGGAACAGAUAGAAAGUGACCAGAACUCCUUCCUUUGGUCCUUUUUUUGGCUUGCAGAUUGGUCAUCUCCUGAAGCUGAGCUGGUAUUUGGGAGAAUUAACCCAUUGGUGGAACUUGUACAAAUGGACAUGCUGUGUCAGAAGGAGACAAGAGUGAGGGGUCUGGAGGGGGUCUCCCCCUUCUUGCGUGGAAAU